UUGGCGGAAAUAAUAUUAUUCUAGUAUUGUCUCAACGCUUUGAUGAUAAAAACAUACACUUAUGAGUCGAUUUGAUUGAUGUUUUUGGCUUGGAAUCAAUUAAUGUGAUGCUUCUAUUUCAUUCCUUUCUCAUGUUAGAAACUGUAGUUCAGUUAUUGUGAUAGUUCAAAAAUUAUUGAUCAACAGUGUUGAAACUUUAUGAAGGUGUUUUUGGUAGAAGGAGACUGAAAUAUCUUGAAAAAUGAGUAAUCUGAGAAUAGGAGUGCUUGGCGCCGGUAUAGUUGGCCUCACAACCGCUGAGGAACUGACGAGGCAGUAUCCGUCAGCUGACGUCACAAUAAUGGCCGACAAAUUCAAUGUGGAAACCACAAGUGACGGAGCUGCCGGGCUAUUCAUGUUGGUGUCCAAGUUUAGGGGGCCCACUGAGGAGCUAACAAG